AUGGUGUUGGUUGAUGAGAAGGGUGCAAAAAUCCAGUGUAUGGUAAAGAAAGACUUGGUUCCUAUCUUUGAUAAUCUGAUCAAAGAGGAUACUGCGGUUAUCGUCAAGAGGUUUGGUGUUGGUGUGAAUGAUGACCCUUUCCCUGUGGUUAAACAUAAGCUAAAGUUAAGCUUUUACAAAAGUACAGAGGUGCAACAUGGUGUAACUUUUACUGGUCCUGCUUAUGGAUUCUCAUUCACACCUUUCAAUGAAAUAACUGUGACCAAAGCUAGAGAUAAAGAUACCCUCAAUAUUGGUGUUCAAGUCAGCAACAAAUACCUCAAAGAGGUUCAACUUGGAAUUGAAAGAUCUGGAUUCAUCCUAAGCAGUGAUAAGAAACAAUUGGACGAGGUUAGAGAAGCUGAACAGCCUGGAGAUGUUGUAGUUGUGGCCACAAUAGCUAUGCUUGAACCGGAGUUUGGAUGGUUCUUUAUUGCUUGCAAAAAAUGUCAAAAGAAAGUCAUAAGCAAAAUGGAGUACUUGGAAAUUGCCGAUGAAGAAGAGCUCACUGAUGAGCUUAUCAAUGCUCCCGGUGACAGUAUCUGGUGUCGAAAAGAAAAAAAGAUAGCAACAGAAGUUGGACCCAAGUUCAGAGUCACCAUGAGAGUCCAAGACAACACAGGCAGUGCCUCUUUUGUAAUGUGGGAUAGAGAUGUCCAGAAGCUACUUGGUUUGUCUGCCCAUGAUAUCCGUCAAAGACAACUGAAUAAUGAUGAUGAUGAGACUUACCCACAUGAACUUGAAGGGUUGCUAAAUGUGAAAGUUGCAUUUAAGAUAAAAAUAGACAAAUACAAUGUGAAACACAAGGGCAGUGCUUAUACUGUCAACAAGAUGUGUGACGAUCCUGAUAUCAUUGCGGAGUUAGAAGAUGAAGAAAAUGACAAUGAGGUUCAGCAACAGGAAGCCAUGCCAGAAAUUGUGUCAGCUGUUAAGCUUGCUGAGGAGUCGCAAGGUGGACCAGAUUCAAAGGAUGCUUUCUCUGUUACUAGCGAUUCUUUAGCUGCCGAGAUUGAAAAAGAUUGUGAGACCAGCCCUUUGCAAAAGCGAUCUAAUGACACUCCAGGUGUUGAAUCAACAAGUAAGUCUGGAAAAAGGGUUCGCAAGGCGAAAAUAUACUAA